ACAAAAAUCUAGACACUCAAACCCAGUGGUUUCCAAGCGCUGUCGAUUGCGGAGCUGUUAAACACUCGACUGCCAGGUUUCACCCCAGCCCCAGAGGAAGAGGAGGAGAAUAAUAAGAAGAAGCGAGCAGCUGCUGCUGCAGUCCCACCACUCGCUUCCUUCAGCCUCAAAUAACAAGGCCCGGCUUCAGCUGCCACAGCAGAUAGCGCCGCCGGCGCCGCCGCACAGCUUCCCGGCUCCAGACGGGAGAGACAGGACGUUUCAGACGCCGCUCCUCAGCCUCUAACAUGGAGAGCACACGGAGGGGAGGGGAGUGCAGGAGGUCAGAGGCCGCCGGGUUGGAGGUGGUUCCGAACAUUAGCACUCCUGGAAGUAAAACUUCUACUAGCUGAGAUAACAAGGUGCAGAGCUGGAUGAACAUAACAGGCCAAGCAGCAUCAGAGGAGCCGGAAAGCUGACUUUUCGGGCCUAGACCCUUCUUCAGAAAAUUCAGAAAACCCUUCUACCAGCUGAAGCAGAUUGUUAUGCCUUGCUGAUGGCUGUCAAUUUCACCAUUGUUCUCAAUUUCUUUGACUCAGUUUCCUUCCAAGGAUCUGCAAAUGAUAUGCAGAAUCUCAAUCUGUUAUCCAUAAACAACAAAUGAACUACACCAUGUUUGAGACUCCUCAACUGAUGAGAUCAGCCAUAAAGGCCUCGAUUUUCUUAUCCAGUUACCUUUCUGCAGGUCCAGUGAACCACCAACAUGGUAAUCGAAUGCUGAGGAAAAUGGACCAAUUGUGGAAAUCUAAAAGGGGAAAAAAGACCAGUCGUUCUGAGGAAGAUAGUUUAAUCCCUAGGGAAAAUGCUGAUGAAUUUAAAUCAAAGAAAGCACAAAAAUCGCAAAAACAUUCACAAGAAAGAGAAGACAAGCAUUGUUUUUCUGAUGGACCUGAUGAAUGUAAAGUUACAGAAGUUCAAAAAUUAAUGCUGGAUCAGAGGUUCAAAGAAGUGAAUUCUUGGCUUGAUCAAUAUGGAUACAGUUUGCUGAAGAUGCCCACAGUAAAUAACACACAAACAAAUCCAAAACAGCACAUGAUGUUGGAUGUGGACAGUCUUUUGGAAGAAUUGAAAAGCAAUAUGUCAUCAUUUAGUGAGUCAUUGCUACCAGAGCAGGAGGAAUUUAUUUUGUUGGUGUAUCGUGUAGUUAAGCUGGAAGGUGACAGUAUGGGGCAAUGGAAAGAGAAACUGGAAACAGAGAACUUUGAACCUGAAAGGCCAAAAGCAUGGAAACAAGGUUUCUGCGAAAUAGUGGAACUGUUGGUGCAAAAUCAAAUUCCACUAUUCCUAAAAAACGGUGCUGAAAAUUAUGUAAAAGAACAUGUAACAAACCUGCAGAAGAUCGUGUUAACCAAUUUAUUGUCUUUCUCAAACCAAAAUGAGGUCUUUAAAAUAUUUGCAAAAACUUAUCAUACUUGUAUUUUUCAUCACCUAAAUGAAAUUUUCCAAGCAGAUCUGGACAUUGAAGAUUUAUUCCACAUUUUAACGUGGGUCACUCAUAAAUAUAAAAGUGAAGAAUUCAUGGGCCAUCCUAAAAUUCAAGAUAUAAUUCUGAAAGCAUCAUUAUUAGAUCCCUUUGUGGAAGCCAGAUUGUUGUACAACACUUCAGAGAAGUUGAUUAGCACAGUGCAGUCAGAAAUCAAAGUAAGGCUAUCAAGAACUCUCAAAAUGGAAGGCGUGACAUGGUCACAGCUGCCAGCUAAAAUCAAACAGGAAAUGAACUAUUUCAUAGAAAAAGCCCAACAGAUUAGUGAAGCAAUAACAUUGAAAAUUCAAAGUGUUUGUGCUGCCCAACUCAUUGAUUUCUUACUGAGUUAUCCAGAACAUAUCAAGAAGUCCAAGAAUUUGUCCUGUAGAGAAAAGUUGGAGAUUAUAGCAAGUUGCAUUCACUUCAGUUGUUUUCUGUCAGAACUAUCAGACAACAAUACUGAUGAUUUUAGAAAAUGUUUGGCUGUACUUACAAAAGCGCAAACCAAGGAAUGUGAUGAGCUUGUAGAAAAAAUCUCCUGCAAUGUCAAGGUUUGCUUUUCAAACCAUUUGAAAAAGGAUUUGGAUUCAAAUAACAUGGACAAAGCUAGUUCUUCAAUAGCAAGCUUUUUUGCUCAAUUUUCCGAUAUGAGGACAACAGACUACUACAGGACUUUGGUAGAGAGAGUACACUCUAAAAUUGUUCAGGAAUACAUAAGAGUCCUUAUUAACAGUUCUCUCAGAUGUACAUCAAAUAACCGGUCUCAGACAUCCAGAAAAAUUAUUCAGGACUCCCAGCAGCUGCAACAGGUCUUUGCAGAACAAUAUUUUAAGCACUCAAGUGCCACUUGCCAAAACAAACCUAUCCUAGAUGUGGCAGAAAUCAUUCAAAUUAAUGAUAUUAAUGCAUUGAAGACCGAAGUUGCUGCAUUUGUUUAUAACUACCCUGAUGUAAGGAAAGAACACAUCAAUGCUAUUCUGGAUAUUAGAGGAAAGAUGACCAGAAAAGAGAGACGGAGUAUCCUCAAACAAGCAAAUGACAUGAUGAAACUCAACAAUGACAUUUCACCAUGCAAUCAAUUAUUUCAAGAGAUAAAUGUCUCUAAAUUCCGAUGGAGGAAGAAUCAUUGUUGCAUGUUUUGCUGCAUAGCAUAACUAGUAGAACCAGUGUGAAUAAUAAGUAUUAAAUGACGGCUAAAUUUAAAUAACAAUUUUGAAUGAGCUACAUGCUCACUUUCCAGUUGGAUCGACUCAUAUUAGAACAUAGAACAUAGAACAGUACAGCACAGAACAGGCCCUUCAGCCCACAAUGUUGAGCCAACCAUUGAUCCUCACGUAUGCACCCUCAAAUUUCUGUGACCAUAUACAUGCCCAGCAGUCUCUUAAAUGACCCCAAUGACCUUGCUUCCACAACUGCUGCUGGCAACGCAUUCCAUGCUCUCACAACUCUCUGCGUAAAGAACCUGCCUCUGACAUCCCCUCUAUACUUUCCACCAACCAGCUUAAAACUAUGACCCCUCGUGCUAGCCAUUUCUGCCCUGGGAAAUAGUCUCUGGCUAUCAACUCUAUCUAUGCCUCUCAUCAUCUUGUAUACCUCAAUUAGGUCCCCUCUCCUCCUCCU